AUGCCGCGCAAACGCGCCGCAGGCUCGGUGUCAGAUAGUCGUCCCUCCAAGCAAUCCAAGCUAGCGGCCAGCUCAGACGACGCUUUUGAUGAUGAGGAGUCUAUGGAUAGCAUAUUGGCGCGCAUUCAGGAACAGGAAGAAAGCGAGGCUCUUGUCCGCCAACUUGCCAGCUCGGACGACCCAGCGGGAGGCGCCGGACCAUCUUCUACGGCGCCAGAGGCCAGUGGCUCUGGGGGCCAUAAUGACCCCGUGCUGGUCGAUGAUGAGAACGAAGAUUACGACGAAGACGCGGCUGUGCGCUGGGCCAUGGAAGAGUCUAUGAAGGCAGAAGCUUCGGCACAGGCCUCUCGACGAGAGUCCCUACAUCUGAUCGCUCAACGCAAAGAGAAGAAUAUCUCGACGGAGACGAACCGACUGCAGCCGCCCAUCGUAACCUCAACGUACCACACUGUGGAAAGUGACAUUCCGCCCGAUGUGCAGCUGGCGCCACACGUCUCGCUGUUUACUGAAGACGGGGCCUGUUCUUCGUGUUCGAGAACCAUGAAGGCUUCGCACGAUUUGACCGUCUUCUCCGCUCAUGACAUACCCCCAACUCUCGCGAUAGCAUUGCAUCUCGUCUGUAACCCUUGCAAACGUGUUCACUGCAGAGGCUGCAAAACAGUCCUCUCCUGCCCCGUCUCUUGCAAAGGCCCAAGUCAUUCCAAGUCUGCCGAAUGCGAAGCAAUCACAUGCUGCGCGGAUGUUCGCGCCAUCGCUUUAUACGAAGCCCUCGGCGCAGUCGAUCGUCUAUACAAUGGCGAGCAAAAGGCAUCGGCACAACGGGCGCACAAAGCGGCUAAGGAACGAUCGACCGAGGCGUCAAACUCAAUAGGUCCUGGCGGCACUGGUUAUGGAACUGGUUCCGACGAUUAUGAUGGCCAUCAUCCAACGGGGGGAUUCUACGCUUAUCGUGGCGGUUACGGAGCACGCUUGAAACCUACUCGUGGGCAUGGUCGGAGGGGCAGUAGGGCGACACGCACGACAAAACACAAUGCGGAGGCAGUAGCAGAUGGAUGGGACCAGACCAUUGUUCGGGCUUUGCGUGUCAUUACCCUGCUUCUUCCCGAGCCAUACGCGGAUGACCCGAAAACCUACGACCUCCUCCCGCAUGCAGCGAUUGGGCCGCUGCUUGGUCUGUCACAGGUCCCAGCUCUUCUCUCGGAUCUAUUGCGCAACGACUCGGUCAUCGAUUGGAGUGCACGCGCAGACGUCUAUCAAGCCACACUCAAUCUCCUUCGCCGCUUGGCAGACUGUGAGCUUACCGUUGGCGUUCUCAUCGAGCGCCCAUUCGAGCGGAAAGUUUGGGAGGGUCUCAGCGCUUGGAUGGUCGACGAGGACAACAACCGCGAGGUCGAUUGGACCAGCAAACCGGUCAGCCCAAGCAAAGGGAAGGGUAAGGGUAAAUGUCUAGACCCUGAACCACCGCAGUACGAGCGUGGUGUGACUCUGUACUCUCACUUCAAGAAGCUCACGAAACAAUGCGAGACAUUCCUGGCCAGUGCCGACCAAGUUAUGGACGGCAGCGGGAGUGAGGAGGAGGAGAUGGCGAUCAAGGCUGCUUCCCUGUGUGGAGAUGUCAUUGCGGCUCGCGAUGACCUCGAGCGGGCCAUGACAGUCCUGGGUCGCUCAAGGCAAGAGGCGGGGCCGUCAAUCGCCACGUCAAAACCGGACUGCGGGCCGUCCACACGUAGUUCGGCUCGUGCAAAAGGCAAGGGCAAGGGUAUAGACGACCUCGUCGGAAUGGAGAACCACGACUCGGGUGGACUUCGCUUUCCCUUCUACUACAACGCAGAAGUGCGCGAAUCCGCAUCGUCGACGCGUACGCCCAAGAAUCGGCUACAUCUCAUCAAAGAGCUAUCAACAAUAGCUACGAGUCUUCCACCCGGUGUCUUCAUGCGUGUUGACGAAGUACGCAAUGAUGUUAUCAAGAUCCUCAUCGCAGGACCGGACGGUACGCCGUACGAAGGCGGGUUGUUUGAGUUUGAUUGUUUCAUACCACUUGAAUACCCCCAUGUUCCACCGAAAUUGCAUCUGCGGACCACCGGCGGUGGCUCAGUACGCUUCAAUCCUAAUCUAUACAACGAAGGCAAGGUCUGCCUGAGUCUACUAGGGACGUGGCCUGGGCGGCCGGAAGAACAGUGGCAACCGGGAAAGUCAACACUGUUACAAGUCAUAGUCAGUAUCCAGAGCAUGAUCCUCAUCGACCUUCCAUACUUCAAUGAACCCGGUUACGGCCAGGCUAACCCCGAUAACCCGGCUAGCGUCAGUUAUAACCAUAACAUUCGCGCGCAAACCACUCGAUGGGCUAUCGUGGACUGGAUGAAGCCCGAGAAUCGCACGAGUAUCUGGGCUGAUGUGAUCGCCACGCACUUCGCAAUACGCAAAACGAGGAUCUGCACAACGAUUGGUUCAUGGAUCUCGACGAGGCGUUGCUCAUGGUUCACGGCGGCGUGUCUCACAGACGUCCUCCUAAGAAAUCUCCUUUACCGAAAGGAGUUAAUUUGA